CAGGCUGACUGAGCCAGGCUCUUGGCUUCUCUGGUGCCCUAUUGCUCUAGCGACCCUAGGCAGUCUCCCGCAGUGCUGAUCGGCAGGUGAGCAGCGCUGCAGCGCCACUGUUCGGCGAGCUCACCUUGCACUGCCCUGCAGCCAGGGCAAAACUCUGUCUCUGCAGGAUGAAGAACCCGAUGCUGGAAGUGGUGUCCCUCCUCCUGGAGAAGCUGCUCCUCAUCUCCAACUUUAAGUUCUUUAGCGUGAGCGCUCCUGGAGGAGGCACAGGGAAGAACCGUCCCUAUGAAAUCAGCUCUUUUCUCCGGGGCGAUGUGUUGGAGGUGUCAAGGACCCAUUUUACCCAUUAUGGGAUCUACCUGGGGAACAACCGCGUGGCUCAUCUAAUGCCCGACAUCCUGUUGGCCCUGACCAACGACAAAGGACGUACUCAGAAGGUGGUCUCCAACAAGCGUCUCAUCCCGGGAGUAAUUUGCAAGGUGGCCAGCAUCCGUGUGGACACAGUAGAGGACUUUGCCUAUGGAGCAGACAUCCUUGUCAAUCACCUAGAUGAGACUCUCAAGAAGAAAUCCUUGCUUAAUGAGGAGGUGGCAUGCAGGGCUGAGCAACAAUUGGGGAUGACCCCCUACAGCCUACUGUGGAACAACUGCGAACACUUUGCUACCUACUGCAGAUAUGGAGCUCCAAUCAGUCCACAGGCUGAGAAGUUUCAUGAGACAGUGAAGAUAAUCAUUCGUGAUCAGAGAAGUUGUCUUGCUUCAGCUGUCUUGGGAUUAGUGUCCAUUGUCUACACAGGCCUGGCAUCAUAUAUGACCCUUCCUGCAAUCUGCAUCCCAUUCUGCUUGUGGAUGAUGUCUGGCUAGCUUCCAAUCCCAAUAUGGAUGUAUUUUGUUUGGGACUAUGUUUGUAUUUAUAGAACACAAAACUUCAAAAGCUUGUUGAGAAAAUGGGGCCUUCAACACUGUGUUCUAGAUUUUAAGAAAAGUGAUUAAGAAUUGUACAAAGUGCUUACCAUGUAAGCCAGAACGAAGCCUUUCCGUAUCCUCUCGGGCAGUUCUGCCACAGAGCACCAUGAGCCCCCAGAAGCACCACAGCCUGUCAGGACUCAGCAGCCAGAAAAGCAGACCCUGAGGUGACAGCCACAGGAGAUUAUUUGGGUUAUUCUUGCCUUCCUGUAAUCAUAUACUGCUGUUAGGCUCAUCAACUGAGACCACUAACUUUACUGUAAAUGUAUUCUGCUUAUUGAAUGACUGACAUUAAAGGGAACAUUUUCCCUCA